AGUUGGGAUAACGGACUACCGCUCUCUGGAGAGCGUCGAGAGGGCUUUGCUAGGGGAAAGGGAGGGGCUGGGGCGUGGGCAAGGCAGAGCAAAGGGACCCGAGCCAGAGCCCGGGUACAGGUUUUACCAAUGAGCCCUGGCGGUGGCAGCGGAGGCUCGGACUCGCGCCACCUGUCCGAGUGCCACCUGGUGAGCGUGGCGCCUGGGGGCUAAGCCCCUCCUCCCUCUCUCCUCCCCGGCCCCGGCACUCUCCUCUCUGCCAGGGUGCGGUCUGGAGCCGCCAUCGGGGCUGACUCGCGCUUCCACCCGGUUCUCCCCUCCUCUCAGAACUCGGAGGAGUGACCUCAGGCUGGCCGAGGGUCCAAACGUCCCUCCAGCGGCUGGCCACCAUGCCGCGCUCCUUCCUGGUCAAGAGCAAGAAGGCGCACAGCUACCACCAGCCGCGUUCCCCGGGGCCAGACUACUCCCUGCGUCUGGAGACUGCGCCCGCGCCCGGCAGAGCAGAUGACCCUGCGAGUGCAGGCGAGGCGAGGAUGGAGCCCCGACACCGUUUGUCCCCCGACGACUCCCAGCUAACCGAGGCUCACGACAAAGCCUCCACGUCCCCUGACAGCUGCGAGGACAGCGUUUGUGACCCGAGCUCAGAGUUCGAGGACUUCUGGAGGCCUCCUUCUCCCUCGGUUUCUCCAGGCUCUGAGAAGUCGUUAUGCCGCUCUCUGGACGAAGCUCAGCCCUACACGCUGCCUUUCAAGCCCUAUGCGUGGAGCGGCCUCGCGGGGUCCGACCUGCGGCACCUGGUGCAGAGCUACCGGCAGUGCACCGCCCUGGAGCGCAGCGCUGGCCUGAGCCUCUUUUGCGAGCGUGGCGCCGCCGAGCCGGGCCACCCGGCCCCGAUGUACGGCCCUGAGCCGGCAGCGGGCGGAGCCGGUGCGGGGCCACCCGGGAGCUGCGGCGGAGCCGCAGGGGGAGCCACCAGUGGAGCGGGCCUGGGGCUCUAUGGAGACUUCGGGCCUGGGGCGGCCGGGCUGUACGAGCGGCCGAACGCAGCCCCUGGCCGGCUGUACCAGGAUCGCGGCCGCGAGAUCCACGCAGACAAGAGCGUGGGCGUCAAGGUGGAGUCAGAGCUGCUGUGUACCCGCCUGCUGCUGGGCGGCGGCUCCUACAAAUGCAUCAAAUGCAGCAAGGUGUUCUCCACACCGCACGGGCUGGAGGUGCACGUGCGCCGGUCCCACAGCGGCACGAGACCGUUCGCGUGCGAGAUGUGCGGCAAGACCUUCGGGCACGCGGUGAGCCUGGAGCAGCACAAGGCGGUGCACUCGCAGGAACGAAGCUUUGACUGUAAGAUCUGUGGCAAAAGCUUCAAGAGGUCGUCCACACUAUCCACACACCUUCUCAUUCACUCGGACACCCGCCCCUACCCCUGUCAGUACUGCGGCAAGCGGUUCCACCAGAAGUCCGACAUGAAGAAACACACCUUCAUCCACACAGGUGAGAAGCCCCACAAAUGCCAGGUGUGUGGCAAAGCCUUCAGUCAGAGCUCCAACCUCAUCACUCACAGCAGGAAGCACACGGGUUUCAAGCCCUUUGGCUGUGACCUGUGUGGGAAGGGCUUCCAGAGGAAGGUGGACCUCAGGAGGCACCGGGAGACGCAGCAUGGACUCAAAUGAGUAGCUUGGACGUCUGCGACACCAGCUGCGAACACUACUGCGGAGGGCGCCUCUCCUGCCUGCCUCCGGCCCCGGCUCAGGGCCCCGUGUCCAGUGCACAAAGCUCUCUAAUGCUCUCAAAGCUCCCUUCGGGUUCCUUCCCAAAGGUGCUGGAAGAGAUGAACUCCCUUUUCAAAGGUCAGCCCCGAGUGGGAACCACAGCGAUUGUCUGGGCUUUGGGCUUCCUUUACAGCUGAAGAUGGGGACCCAGUGAAACCAUGCGCGCGCCUCCCAGUCCUUCCCUUUUCUGCCCGGAUCUCACAAGCAGGAAAGAACUCUGGGCAGCUGCUAACAGGAGGCAUCAUCACCUCUUAAAUUUUGGACGCGUGGGCUGAUGCUCGAUUUAGAAAGAAGGGCAGUACUCCCUUCUUCUGGGGGAGCCUGCUGACCCCUUUCAACUCCUGCAGAUGCCGUCGCCGGUUUAGGGAAGGGCCCUCAUUCCUUUGAAAUCACUGGAUGCACCAUCAAGCUUGUCAGAGGAAGCAGAGAACGGUGGACUUAGUGAUGAGAGGGAGUCAGGGUUCCUCUGUGGUGCCACCAGAGGAGGAGGCCGGACUGUGGGUCAGUUCCUGGGGACAGGACGCCCUUCAUCCACUCAGCAAGCGCUUAUUGACCACAGGUUAACAGAAUAAAGGACCAUGCUAGGUCUUGGGGAGCCAGAGACUAAAGUCACCACCUCGGCCGCCCCUCAAAAGCUAUUGCUUGGACCUCAAAGUAGCUAGAGCACUCGUGCUCCUGGUCCAAGGGGGUUGUGAAAAGGCCACACAAAUACUCAGACUUCCUUUUUGACUCUUUUGGAGCUUUUCAAGUGCAAACAAAAAGCAACUGGAGGGUUGUUUCAAAAAUUCAUGAGCAAAUCCAGUUUUUAUUCAAGUGGGUAUUUUAUAAGAUGCCUGGGCUGAUAGAUGUGGAGCAAAGGCUGUGACCUCAGCUCCUGCCCCUUGUGUAUUAUCUAGGAAAAAAAGUAGUAUUUCUACUGUGAGGCUUGUAAAUGUGUCUAAAUAUCCCCGAGUGCAUUAUGUAUGCUAUUUAUUAGAAUGUUUAAUUUAAUAAAGUAUUAUGACUAUUA